UUUUCUGGUUGCUAUAAUGUUCAUGUUUCUUUGCUCUGUCUUGGAGUUGUUAAAAGUGUUCUGUUUCUAUUUUUGACCAGACUUUGUAUAACUGCAGUGGACUCUUCCUUUUUUACUUUCAGCAGUUUCUUCAUUAUGUUGUGUUCACUUCCCUUUCUUUCACCUUUCCACAUGCAGCAUAUGCACAGCUUCUCUUCCAGAGGCUGAUCAGUGGCUGAAGACUUUUGACCCUGCUCAGAGGAAGAUACAUGCUCAGCAUGUGCCAUUAAAACCUGCCGGCUGCUGAUCUACAAACACUGAACAGUACAGAGACAUGGAGGCUGCAGCCGGACUGUUGUUGCUGCUAAUGGGAGUCUGUCAUGGUGGUGAAACUCACUGUGAUGGCAGAGGGGAUGGAGCUUGGUGUUAUGGAGCUCCGGGAGGAACUGUAGUCAUCCAGCUGAUGGACAACGCCUCAGAAAUACACAGAUAUGACUGGAAAAAAGAUGGAACAACGAUAUUGAAUGGAAGAAAGAAUUCAUUCAUCAUUAAUAACAUUGAGACCAGAUCUGUCUUUAUUCCCAACAAUGGAACAUUUUUGAUCAACAACCUGAACAGCAAUGACAGUGGUCAAUAUACACUUAAACUCCAGGAUUUAGAUGGUGUACAAACAGCAGAACGAAGUCUACAGUUGAUUAUUCAAGCAGGAACCAGCGAGUUGACAGUAAUGGCUGGAGUCCUCUCAGCACUGUUCAUCUUCUUAGCCGUCGGCGUGGCUUUCUUCUGUGCUCAGAGAAUAAAACAAAACAACAAAAAGAAAGAAGAAAAAGGAGACGUUGAGCAGGAAAUAACCUACGCUGACGUCAGGGUGGUGCAGCAGAAGGGCAGGCAGGUGGAGCACAAGCCAGAUAUGGAGGUGGAGUACGACCAAGUCAAGUUUUCUGUGCGACCUCAGAAGACUGAAUAACAGGGAUGAUGACGUGUGAGCAGAUCAGACUGUGAAGUUACCGAAGUUGAAAUAUUCAGAACUUUUACAAAGACUGCACUGCUGAUGACUGAUGGAGGGGACCGGUGAUCCAAAGCCACCUCCAUGUCUUUUACCUGAAUCUAAUCUGAUCCACUUUCAGAAAAGUACAAACAAUGAGUACUAUCUUUCAUUUUUAUUACUUUGACUUUAAUUUUGGACUGAUCCAUCCUCACCUGAGCAGGUAACAGUGAUUUUUUUGGAUACACUGGUUCCUCAAUGUUAGUGUGUCCUAUGGAUGUGUCUGUUUCAUGAUUAAACUUAGACACAAAUACUAAGGUGGUAGUAUUAUAGUUUGCCUGCUGUCUGGACCCAGAUAGAGAACAACAAGGAAGUAAAUCUACCGAGAAACAAUUACAGAGAAAAGGUAACGUUUUUGAGGAGCUACAGUACUGUAAGUCGAAGUUCUGACCAAAAUCCAGCAGAAAUCAACAGUUCAAAUCAAAGGUUCAGAACAAGACCAUUAACGUGAAGACCAGAGGUUAAGGCUGCAAAAAAAUGUGCAAUACUGGAUCAUCAUCCUGAUGGAUUCUGUAAAGGAUAACGUAUAAUAACCGUGUCACAAUUAGGCAACUUUUGCAAAGAUUUGAUAACGUAUACAGUUAUAUUCAUGCAGAAAUAUGGAGAUUUUUAAAGGCUUCAAAAACUUUUAAGCACUAAUAUAUUUAAUGUUUGUUAGGAUUCCUCUCGUUAUUUCUUUUUUUUAAAUUCCCAUUUGUGCUAUUUGUGUUUAAAUAUAAAUUCAUAUUCAACAUCAUUUUCUUGCUCUGACUGAGAUUUAUAAGAGUUCAAACAUUCAGUAACUUUAAUUGAUAUAUAAACUAAAAGUUUUAAUUAAAAAAAAGCCAAUAUUGAAAAUUAAAAAAUUAAAUGGUAGAUAUAGAAAAAGACCAUCAUAAAAAAAAGUAUUAAAACAGCAGGAAAGGGCUGAGCACGGCGCCCAUGGGAGAACCCAUACUUACGAUCAUGUGUCAAGAAAUCCAGUAUCCAGUUACCAAUGGAGGGAUGCAGUCCCAUUUGUUGUGAAUUUCUCAACCAAAGAUUAACCAUCGUGUUGAAAGAAACUGUGAAGUCCACGAAAGUGGACAGUUUGAAUCUUUCCUUUCCGGGUGGGUGAGGGCUAUGUGGACCACAGAUGAAUAAUAUCAGUGGAGCGGUUCUUCUGGUAUGGACUAAUAGAGAUCCAUGGUGACAUAAUGAAUUUGCAACAACAGUUUAAAAUAAAUCUCAAGAAUAACUUUACUUUAUUCAUCUUAUACAAAUAUCAAAGGUCCCCUUGAAAGAAAUGUUUCUACACAAGGUAACACAUUUUGCAUUCAACUCAACAGAUGAGGAUGAUCAGCUGAGCAUAAACAUGUCAUAAUUAUUCUUUCCAUACUGAAUCACUGAAACGCCGGCACAGAUAAUUCAGUAAAGUAUAUGUGGGUGUUAAUGUCAGAGUUGGUCAUGUGAUCUUCCUCUGCUUCCACACCCAAAAUAGAAAUGUCCCUUUUCUCAUGAGGUUCAAAGCAGCACAUAGAUGGAUUUCAUGAUGUAAGCAUGUAGUCACUGGCUAAUAUGUACUUGGAUUCCUGCAAACAAAAAACGGAACAUUUGAAUAACAGUUAUAAUUCAGAAAAUUACUUAUUUCUUUUUUUUUUUAAAUAUUUCUUCAUCCGGGAAAAAAAUCCGCUAAGAUUAGAAAAUCUCUAUCACAAUGACGUCCUGACCAAGAUGUAAAAGCAGAAUAACAGAAAUUGACUUAUUUUGGGCUUGAAGUGUAAUUGAAUGAGAAAUAUUUUUUGGUAUUUAUGGUUUUCAUCUAAGUCAAGUGUAAAGUCAUUUGAGCAAAAGGCUGCUGACUCAUUUGAAGUUUGAUGAUCUUGUAUUGACGAGCAGUUGAAAUAGAGAAGUAUCCAAAAGAUUGUUGGAAACUGAACUUCUUACUACAUCUAAAACUAAUUGUUCUGCAUUAGUUCAAUAAUUUCCAUAAUUAUUUUGUAAACUGUGAGACUGCAGUACAAAUAAUAAUGUUUGUGUCAAAUUUGCAGAUGGUGUCAUUAUUCUGCGUUCAUAAUCUCUUAUAUAGCUUAGCUUAUACUGAUAACAGCAACUUUUGCACCAUAUCUUUAAUGUUUUUUUUGUGUUUUUAUGUGUUUUGAAGUUUUGAAUUUUUGUGAGCUGCCCUGAUUAUCUUUGUUUCAGUCUCAGAAUUUCUGAAACAAGAGUCAUCAAAUUAUGUCCAACCAGCAGCCUCAACUGGAAACACCUCCGUUAUCCUGGAAACAUCAAAUGCACCCAACAGUGAUGAGAUGAGUCCAGAGUAUGAUUACUAUGGGCAUGCCACGUAGUGAUAGGAAAUUAGAAAAUUCGGAUGCUUAUUGCUCGGCAGAACUUUAUCGUAGAGAAAUCAUUCAAAUGUUCCCAGACUCAAUUCACUUCUGAAUAAAAUAUUU